UUGCUGCGCUGUCGCUUUAACGGUGAGUGACGGCAAUAUUGUGCGCCGGUGAAGCACAAAUCCGGUGACUGACUUUAACCAGUUCUGUUGCCCAGUGUUUUGGGUUAGUUUAGUGCUGUGAAUUCAUGUAUACUAAGUCCGUUUUGUCUACUUAAACCACACAGUAGGCUGGUUAGUGUAGUUCUGCGAUAUUGGGAAGGGGCUCGCUCAAAUCAAAUCAUGGCUUAUAUUCAGGUUUUGAAGGUCCUGCACCGAAAUCUGCAGCACAGAGCACCACAGGUCAGCGUGCUUAUCCAUACGCACAGGAGAGUGUCAACAUUAUCAAGACUGGCCUUCCACAGUGGACUAGAGGCUAAUUCGCCUGUGCUAAGCUGCUUAAUACAAACACACAGACGGCGGGGUAUUUGUCUCGACUUUACAGCCAGAAAUAAAAGCAGCCCCGAGGACCGAGACAGGUCAGUCUCCAAGUUCCAGAGUGGGAGUCCAAAGCCUUCAGCUGCACAAAAAGUGAAAGAAGCUGGCAGGGACUUCACCUACCUGAUCGUGGUACUCAUCGGGCUUGGAGUGACAGGUGGGCUGCUGUAUGUGGUGUUCCAAGAGCUGUUUGCAUCCGCGAGUCCAAAUAAAGUGUAUGGGAGAGCCUUCGAUAAAGUCAAGUCACACCCAGAGGUAAUUGGUGCAUUUGGUGAGCCAAUCAAAUGUUACGGGGAGACCACCCGUCGAGGAAGGAGGCAGCAAGUCAGUCAUAUCGAGUACCUGAAGGAUGGAAUGAAGCAUAUGAGACUUAAGUUUUACAUUGAGGGCUCAGAGCCGGGAGUGAAGGGGACAGUGCAUACAGAGUCUAAAGAGAAUCCUGAAACUGGAAAAUAUGAGUUUCGUUAUAUAUUUGUGGACAUGGAUGUCUACCCAAGACGGACUAUAAUUGUGGAAGAUAACAGAUAAGGACCUUAGAUGUGUGAUUCAGCGUUAUGGAAGCAUGAGGAGUGUGUGUUAGAUGUGUUGCUGGACAAAAAAGCUGGAGAAUUCACCUUCACAUAGUGUCAGAGGCUGUUAAACAAUUACAGCUUUGGUGUAGCAUUUGGUGUAGAGCCUUGCAAAGCAGAGAUCAAAGGAUCACAUGGCCCCGUGCUACUAAUUUAUAAAUGUUUGUUUUUUUUACUAGAUUGUGAUCUUGAUUUUGAAUAAAAUAAAACACUUGGGAACAAACAUACAACUGAAGCUCUGUGUGUGUGUGUGUGUGUGUGUGUGUGUGUGUGUGUGUGUGUGUGUGUGUGUGUGUGUGUGUGUGUGUGUUGGACCCUCCCAGGGAAGGAAGUAUGUAAUAAGUUCUGUUUGUUGUUAGCAGUCAGUUUUCAAGAUAUCAUUUUCAAAUCUUGUUCGAUGGCAGAUACCAAUAGCAGCUUAAGCUGUUUUCAUUUGAGUUCACAUCAAAUGUGAACUUCAGUAAAAACUUUAUAUUACCCACUAUAUUUUGGCUUCAAACUUCUCAACAAUAGAUUAGACCUUCAUUGGGGGACCUUCAUUGUAAGCCCUCCAAGGUCAAAGUUAAUCUUUGGGCGGGGGUGUAAUUCAAGGAACUAUAUUGAGUAAUACUUCAUAUGAAAGCGCAUGGACAGAGCUCUACAACACAUUAACUUUUUCAGUACAAUGCCCUACAGCGUUACAAUGACCCCAUAAAUUUUUACAAACUCACACACUGCAUAACUAUAUCUUAAAAUCUCAGGUUUCUAUAGCUUGUACAGCCAAAGAUAAUAAAAAUACAUCAUUUUAGUAUGUAAUGCUUCAAGGUUAAAGGUCACACAUCAGGGUGCUGUAAUAAAACCAGGCUGACGUCAGUGUGUAUUAAAAGCCGGCUAAAGUUAGCAAGUUUAAUAAAACCAGGCUGAUGUGAGCUUGUUGUAAUAAAACAUCAUAAAACAACCAUGUUUUAGCGUAGCCUUUGUCCUUCUAUUGGAGUUGCACUCUCUCGAGUGCUCUUGUUUAUUGUAGAGAUAAUUUUCAUUGGAGCUACAAUUCUUCCUUCAUUUGUAAGUUGUUUUUGGGGUGUAAGGUCCAAUGACAAUUUAACACAUCUUUUACAUGUUAAGCUCUUUUUUUUAUAUACAUAAAAUACAGGUCUAGAAAAUAUUAUGGAUGCUUUCCUGUCAAGUUUAGUUUAUUUGUUGUGUACAGAAUUACAUUUUUAGAAAUGAAGUAUGAAACAGUCACCACUAGAUGGAGGUAACGCAUUGAGCUAUGUACUGCAUGACGUGCCCUUUUUUACAUUUUUGCAAGUAUUUUCCAUAUAGAAUGUGGAAACCGUAAUAAUAAACCAAUAUUAAAACUUGUCUCAACUUAAUGUCUCAUUUUAAGCAAUGGCUAGCAAGAUUGCUUUGAAUUUAGUCUGUUUUCCCUCUAUUAUUUUUAACUUCAAAACAGUGCUAAUGUCACAGGCCUGGAUUAAACAGGAUAAAAAAGCAAAAGCAGGGAAUAAUUAGAGACAAACCAGACCAUUAAAUGUUCCCUUAGGCUUUCAGAGGCGGUCAUAUAUCCAUAAAGCUUUUUAUCACCCUAUAAUUUGGAACUGAGCCCAUCUAUUGAGCAAAAACAGAAAAUAUUGAUAUUUCACAGAGUUACAGCAAGAGGCGUUUCGUAAAUCCAGUUUAUCCAAAGUAUAUAUGCAUUUUUCUAUCAAGGGAACAAAGUUUGAUUAACAGCUUCGAUCUUCUUACGUCCGAGAUACUGUUGCUGGAGGUCAGCACGAAUAAAAACCUCUAUAAAUCUCGCGUUUAAUGGGUUUAUGCUUCCAAAUAUUUGCACUGAUCUCAUUCUUGUGUAAUACUGUAUCCCAUGUGUACCCAAUCGUCCCUAGAACUCGUGCUACGUUCCAUGACCCUCGGAAAUAGUGGAAUUUGUGAUGGACCCCCAGUAAAUCGUUGUAGCAGUUAUCUUGGAAAUGUCGCUUUUUAUUACUGUUUCUGCGUCAGUGCUGCUGCUGAGAUAUGAGUCUCGUAGCUUUAUAUUACACGUCUGUAAAUCAUCUAAAAACAGACAGAUUUAGGUGUUUCUUUUUUAUGAAGGGGUUAAAAGUUGUUGGGUUUUUAAUAAUUAAAAAAUUAUAAACCAUGAACGUACCCAAGAUAACGUUUCUGGUUCGCAUACCGAACACGAAUUAGCUUGAUGCUACUCGACUCUAAAUAAGUUCUGUUUCAAACAGACAACACUUGAACGGGGAAAUUUACGCGAUUAAUUAUAAUAACUGCGUCCAAUAAUUUGUUCCCAAGAGGGGGCAGUUUACGGGAAGCAUGAAGACAGGAACCCUGUGAACAUUUGAACACCGCCCACUGUGAAAGCGAAGGCAUCGCUGAACACAGGGGCGUGCUCAGUCAGUCAGAGCUAGCUAAAACUCUGUAGGACUAGUUUAGUUGUUUCUCCAGGGUUAAGCCAGCGUGUAGCUGUUGUAGUAACUAGCUUAUGAACUUGUAUAUAAGAGCAGGAAGGUAUGCUCACCAAGCAGCCCAGUCUCCGUCGUUGUUUUUCUUGCGGUGUGGGUAAAUAGUGUACGGCUGCUGCUGUUCCUGUUGUUGUUGUUGUUGUUGUGGCCUGCUAGCUCUAAACUAGCCGUAGCCUCAUCUGACUCACGGAGCUCCACUCUCAUCACAUCCCCGAAGACGCUUGGGGGAAUGGCACACCUCGUCAGCUAAUCAAGAAGACCGACUUGUCGCUACAGAGAAUCUGCAGUCUUCUUCCUCAGCUAUGAGACUCUCUGCUUAAUAAUUAACAUCUCACAAUAAUGGAGCUAUACUGGUACAUAGUUGUCAUUAUAUUCAUCGUCAUAAAGAUAUUUUUCUAUGUGUGCUGGUACCGGUCGAGACAGAGGCAACUGGCAGCAUACCUGAGCAACCCACGCAAUGCUCAGAUAGUCAUUGUUGGAGGAAGGGCCUACCUCCAUCAGAUGUGUGAGAGACAGAGCCAAACAUCAGUCUGGCCUAGUUGGUAUGGUGUCCAGGAUGACCUUUCACUAGAGGAGCCCUCCACAGCCCUGCCACCAGCAGCAUCCUUCUCCCAGCUCGACAUGCCACCACCAUACGAGGCAGUAUCUGGAGAGGACGACCUGAAGCCCCCUCCCUACAGCGAGUGUGCCCAAGGCGACGUGCCCGACGCCCCGCAGCCCUGCCAUAACACUCUUCGUAUUUCUGAGGGAGGAGACUCCACUAGCGUAAAUGAAGCCCCGCCCCCCUACACAGCAUCUCCCCCUACACAAGUCAGCCAACAGGACGGCGCUGUAAGUCACAGCGGGUCCACUUAAUCAAUCCCUGAUGCCAGUUUGCCUUUUCCAUGCACUGCCUUCCUACGUUCAACCUCAGUGAUUGUUGCCAGCCUAACUCUCACAGGAGAGCAAAUGUUUAUUUGGAUGUUUGUGCGUGUAUAUGAGUGUGUGUGUGUGCAUAUGUUUGUUGUUUUGUUUUUUUUUUACUUUGUGUUGUUUAAAAAAAAAAAAGUGGUCAUCUGAUGAGUUUGGCAAUAACAGAUGACUUCAGUGAGCCUGUGUGCCUCAGUCAGGACUGCCUUCCAGCUAGGAUGAAAAUAAUCCCUUUGACCUCUGAGUUUCAAGGGUAUCAGUGGAGCCACAGAUGAGCGAGAGAGACUUUUAAACUGUGCUCUGUUUUAUAAAGGGUUUCUCUGAGGCCACCUUCUUUCACAGAACUAAAAUAGUUGAUCAGUCUCAAAAUCAAACAGAUGCUUUAGUUUUUGUUCCAGAUGCUAUGAAGCAUAAUAUGUGGGGCACGGCUUCAUAUUUGUGUCCGUCUGUAGACGCUGUUCUGAAACACAGUAAGCGAGUAACAGCCUUCCAUACAAAUUCACAGUGUAGACAAUCUUUGCUAUGUAUAGCACAUGUGCAUAAUAAAUACUUUCAACUCCAAACUGUUUACUCAGUGCUUCAUUAUGAGUGCACUUGAGUGCUAUUUGAUAACAAAUGCACCAAUUGUCUUAGAUAAUUACCCCAUUAUCCCGUGUGUUUUUUUUAUUGUGGUGAUUAUACCGGGACGUUAGACAGUUCAAGUGACUAUUACCCUGAGAAUGGGAUUGAGCGAGGGCGAACAGAAAAGGGGAACAAGUGGAUGAAAUAAAUGUACGCUGGCAGUAGAAAAGAUACGGAGCGAGUGGUCGUAAUCGGUGUAGCUGCUGGGUUCUUUCUGCUGCUCAUCAUUAUUAUCUCCUAUACACCAGAUUGCAAAUAGUGUAAACAUGAAUUCUUCUUCUGUUAAAAGUUGGAAAAUUGGACAAUUGCUUUUGUUCAAUGGGUUGAGAGAAAUGCAAAUGUGUCUUAUGUAGAUGUAAAUCCAGCUGGAGGAUGAUCAAAAUCAUUGUAGUGAAUUGUAAUUCUCAUUUAAAUAUGUCUUCAAAUGAAAACGUGUAACAACCCUAGAAAAACACUCACAGGGCUACGAGCAAAGGCUCAAAACAUUCUUGGAUGUGAAGGCUGCUUUUUGUGGUUUUUAGAAGUCACCAAAACUGAGCUGUCACUUUUUUCUUCUCUUUUUUUCUUUGUGAAAAGAAAACAAACCAAAAAAAUUUUAUUUUAUUUUUUUUUAAACAGUUCUGUUUCUGAUCAUUUUUACCUCUGCCACAGGGUGGUAGAGUUCAGCUGUUUUACAUAUAUGUUUUCUUCUGUUGCAAUUUUUCAAAUACUAUUUCUUUGUAAAUUUUGUUUUUGUUCUUUUCUCUUUUUUUUCCUGUCACUGCAUUUCAGUUAAUCCAGAAAUAACACUGUACUCCCAAAUAAUCCAUUUUACGUGUUUGUUUAAUCAGUCUGUGUGUAGUUUCUGACCAUUAAGGGGGCGGGGCGUGAGAAAUCUAGAAAAACUGAAUGAAUUUUAAAUGUUUUCUGGACUUUUGGGUAAACGGGGUCUGUUCGGAGAAUCACAUGUGAUGUACUUUAAUGGUAAUUCUUUGUAUUGUGAUGACAAAUCGUCCGACGCUGAUGCGUUUUUACCAAAUUUACCUGUGUUGGUUUUACAAUCUGGAGGAUGUAACGGAGAAGCUCCGAGGUGCAAAUCUGAAUGUGGGCUUGAAAUGGCAUCUUUUGUAUGGCGGCAGCAUGAUGACGAUUGACGACCUGAGUGUUACGAGGCUUCUGUCCGUACUGUGUCCUGUUUGUUCACUUCACGUUCAUUCCCAUUGUGGGCAACAUAUCAGAUGUCCCCACUUAGUAGCUUUGCAAGUCGAGGGGAAUUAAUUAUUUUUUCUGCUUUGGGAGAAAUGCAUCUUCUGUAUUAAAUUGUUGUUAUACAAAAUA